UAGCGUUUCUUCGCAGCGCGCAGCGCUUGGGGGCAUGUUGUAGAAGGAGACAAUGGUGGCAAAAAUACUAAGGAGGAUGAUGUUCUUUGAAAUUCUUCGCUUCAGGCGUACUUUUUUGGUCCGAGCCUUUUCCAUGUCCUCACUAUCGCCACUCGCAUCUCUUUUAAAAAAUCCAUCACUACUUGUCAAACUUGACGACGGUCAUCUUCAAUCUUCUGAAAGCACUUUUGCAGUAUACAAUCCAGCCGACCCCAACGUUAUCGUUGGAAACGUCCCCAUCAUGGCUCGAGAAGACUGCUCUCGUGCCAUUCAAGACUCGCACGUUGCACUGACAACUCAUUGGCGAGAUGGAACAACGGCGGCUCAUCGAGCCGAGCUAUUACGCGCCUGGGCCGCUCUUAUUCACGACAACGCCGACGAUAUGGCCACGAUCAUGACCAUGGAAUCGGGCAAACCUUGGAAGGAAAGUCGCGGUGAAACGGACUACGCCAUAUCUUUCUUGGAGUAUUACGCCUCUGAAGCAAUCAGACCAUCUGGAGCCGGUGGGGGAUUCUUGACGCCAACGCCCUUUUUCGACCCCGGUUCGGGCGCACCACGGGGUCAAGUACUUGCCAUGCACCAGGCUGUAGGCGUAACGGCACUCAUAACACCAUGGAAUUUUCCCAUUGCAAUGAUCACACGGAAAGUCGGACCUGCUCUGGCUGCCGGCUGCACAGCGAUAGUCAAACCGAGCGAAUUAACUCCAAUAACAGCACUGGCAUUGCAGGUAUUAGCAGAUGAAGCAGGCAUCCCGCAGGGCGUCUUGCAAACCAUAACGCCAGACACGGAGAAUACCGCCAGUGUCGGUGAAGAGUUCUGUCGCAAUCCACUAGUUCAAAAACUCAGCUUUACUGGAUCCACGGCUAUCGGAAAGAUGCUUAUGGCACAGAGCAGCAACACAGUCAAACGAUUAUCUUUGGAAUUGGGUGGGAACGCUCCAUUUGUGGUAUUCGCUGACGCUGAUCUAGACCAAGCCGUGACGGCAGCAGUGGCAUCCAAAUAUCGUCAUGCGGGCCAAACUUGUGUGUGUGCUGAUCGUUUUCUGGUUCAUGCGUCAGUGCACGAUAUUUUUGUUGGCAAAUUGAAAAGGUGUGUCCAAGAGUUAACAGUAGGGCCAGGUAUGGAAGAGGGGACGACGCUGGGGCCACUGAUUUCCAGAGAUGCAGUUGCGUCUGUGGACGAGAAGGUUCAAGAAGCAAUAAAUGAAGGAGCAGAACUCGUCCUCGGUGGAUCACCUCUGAAAAGAAAAGGUCCCAGUUAUUAUGAUCCAACCAUAUUGACCAACGUAUCAUCAGAUUCACGUAUUUGGAAAACCGAAACUUUUGGGCCUGUGGCUCCGAUACGCCCAUUUGAGUCCGAUGAAGAAGCUCUGGCGAUUGCAAACGACUCUAAUGCGGGGUUGGCUGCCUAUUUUUGCUCGCGAGACCUGUCUCGUGCGUUUCAAUUUUCAAAACGGCUAGAAUGUGGAAUCGUCGGUAUCAAUGAAGGAAUCAUCAGCCACUGUGUAGCGCCUUUUGGAGGAAUUAAAGCAAGCGGCUUUGGUCGGGAGGGAAGCCCAUUGGGCAUUGCCGAAUAUCUCGAGACGAAAUACGUGUUCUUGAAUUUCAAUGCCUAACAUUUGGAAGCUUUCUUGAUGAAUAAGAGGCAAUUGAUUUACCUGUUUACGAUGCAAUAAGUUCAUAUCAGCUUUUCGUCGUUUUUACCAUCUUUCUCGCGGAAUUCCAGUGAGUUGUGAAAGAUUGAGGCUUGUUCCUGACUCUGAAUAUUAGCCGGUAAGGAUACUGUAUGCUCUAGCUGGUGCCGAGUUCUGGGAACAUCGGCCAAACGAAAUGACGCUCGCUUGGCUGUGUCGUCGCCACUCAAGCAGAAAGAUGCUGCUAGCGUAGCCUGCGCUUCAUCGCUCAAGGGAAUAGGUUCCAUAUCGCAAUGUCCAUCGACAGGAUAAAAGUCCACAUCGGAAGGAAGCCUUGCAAAGGAUUCCCUUAUGAAGGAAGCUAGUGAGCUCCGUCUCUCCUCCGCGGUUACUUCAAUGUCGCUCUGGUGUACAUUGAGACUCUUCCCUUUGACCUUUCCACGAUUUCUUGCAGCCCUCUUGAUCUCAU